AUGCAGUCAGUUGCAGCCAAAUUCCCGCUCAUCCACAGGACACCCUUUUCUGUGGAGGACAUUUUGAACCCCACAAAGUUUACAAGAAGAAUCAUCUGUGUGGAGGAUGCAACGACAACAGGAGCUUCUUCUCUCAGAGAUGAACCCAGAGAGCGGCAGCAUCAUCCGGCAGGUGCGAGCUGCGGCCCGGAGGAGGAGGCUCCGUGUCCGGGGAAUCUUCAUCGGUCGAAGGCUAAAAGCCGACGGAUCCGCACCGCUUUCAGCUUUGAGCAGCUGCAGAUCCUGGAGCACAGCUUCCAGAGGUGCCACUACCUGUCGGUGCUGGAGAGGCACAGCAUCGCCUCGGCCCUGCGCCUCUCCGAGACUCAGGUCAAGAUCUGGUUUCAGAAUCGACGCACUAAGUGGAAGAAGGAGCGGCUGCACUGGAAGGAGGCCGAGGAGGAACACGGCUCCACAUCCUCCUUCUCCUCACGUCCUGCCGUCUGCUCAUCUCUGACCUACAGCCCGCUUUACUGCCAGCAGCGCGAGCCACUCCAGCUGUUUGCGCCUCUGCCGCUGGUGCCUUAUCAUCAUUAUUACACAUGA